GCUUCUUCGAAUCCCUUGAAAGUCAUACAAACAACCUUUCAUAGCCAAGAUAAUUCCAAGAUUGCCUGUCUUGGCUUUCUCUUUUCCCAGGAGACACAGUGCUAAACUCAGGUUGCUUUCUGCCACUUUGAUCACCAUUACUCUAUCUACUAACAGCAGUCUUGCGUUUAACAGAAAAUUAACAAUCUAUCGAAUCUAGUUACAAUGGGAAAGGGAAAGAAGAUGGCCGGAAACGCCAAUAAGGAGCCUCUGGGUUCUCGCACAAAAAAUUCAACUUAUAAUUCAAGUCCAUUCAAGCAGGAAAACAACGACGAGGGCCUUUCUCACUUUCGUGCCAAAGGUUCGUCCUACAUGUUUGGCUCCAUCAAGCAAGAGGGAGACAAUGAGGACCGUUUCCGUUCUCGUUCCCCAUUGAGAAACUAUCAGUCCCCUCGUCGCACCCGCUCUCAAUCCCGCUCCAGAAGCCCUGACGGCCACUAUCAUUCCCUUUCUAGAACCCGUCGAUAUUCCAGUCACUAUCGACCGCGUUCCAGAAGUCCUAAGAACUCUCGCAUCAGCCAUGUUCAUUCCCAGAGUCCGCAAAGAUCUCGUCAGUUCCGCCGAUCCCGCCGCUCUAUUUCCUCUAUUUCGGCCCAAAAGGUGUCAAGCUCCAGUCCCUAUAGGUCUCGAUCUCCACAUCAAAAAGGCCAAAACACUCCAAAUGACACCUACCAUGAACAAUCAUCUCGUAGAGGUUCUCCUACUGAUCAAGACCCUCCAAAAGGUUCCUAUUACAGGCCGUCUCCUUAUAGAGAUGCUCCUACGGAUCGGGGUGUUAUAGACAAUUCCUACUAUAGACCAUCGUUUUCCGUUCGAAAUACGAGUGUUUCUUCUGGGUCCAAAGGCCGAGCUGUUUCUCUUGCAUCGACUUAUAGUCUUGGAGAAUCUUUAAAUAACGAAGAGACACUGAUUACAGAGUCUUGGGCCAAACUUUCCAGCCAUAAGCACGAAGAACUCAUGGUUCCUGCUUACAGCUCUCCUGAGCCACCAAUUUCAAUUGAAGAAUCAUGGGUGGAGAUUGCUAGUCGUAAGCAUAAAGAAUUAAUGGCAACCAAAGCAGCUAACACGAAAUAUGUUCCACUCGCCACUUACGUAGAAGAAUCCGGACCCUUUAAGCAAACAGUAACUUUUGAACAAUCAACAUCGGUGGAAAAAGAUGCUCCCAUUGACACUGUCAGAGAUACGAGAUUGUCGUUGAUUAACAGAAAAAAGCAGAGCAAAGCGGAGGGUUUGGAUAUCCAGCACCAAAUAUCCUCCCUUAUGUACCCUCGCAGGAGAAACCCUAGACGUAUAUCACCAACGGAACCUAAGAUGAAUGUUGCGGCCGAUGUGGAGAAGGGUGUUAGCGAUGCGAAAUUACUUCAAUCAUCUGCGCAGCAUUCAGACACUCCUCUAUUGCUCGUACCAUUACAAGAAAUGCACCCCCAAAGCAACGCCCUUUUAUCUGCUUCAGACCAGGGUAUACACCCAGAGAGACAAGGCUUCCUCAAUAACCCCCCUCUACUUAUAUCAUCUAGCCAGCGCCCAAGCAUCUCUUCCAAAAAGUCUAUGUUCGUAACGGUACAGGAGAUUUAUCCACAAAGCGAGCUUAAUGUUUCGGCCCUCAGGCAAGGCAUGCAUCCAGAGAGACAAUUUCUUCUCCAAACCUCUCCUUCGCCAAAUGAGUCCCUUGAACACUUACAUCUACAGGCUGAAUCCCGUCCUUUAAUUUCCCCUCCAAAGGUUAAAAUUAACACACAGACCUUACAAUCGAAGAUCCAAGAACUUCGCAGUGUAUCCUUCGCUGGCGAGAAACCUAGACCAAUUCCAAGCAUCAUGAAUGAGCCAUUACUUACCGAUGAUCCCUUCGAAUCAGACCAAUAUCAGAGUGUCGAGCCAGCGAUUCCUACUCACUGGCAGGAUUAAUUCAUCUAUCAAACAAUUUCGAUCACAAGUUUCUAUCGUGUUCCCUAUGUACCUAGCGAGCCGAUCGAAAUAUGGAUGUUAUCAUUUCUUUUUUA